AUGUCAUUUUCUCUACUAUUCGAUUAUGAGAUGAAUUUUUGUAUAGAAUCAAGAUAUAAAGAUCUAACAAAUAAUAGAAUAACUUUAUUUGCUUCUCAAAAUGUUAAUAAAACAGGCUUACUUUACAAGUUUCUGAGGUAUCCAAGGUCACCCCCGGAAAAUACUAAAGAAGAUAUCUAUAAACUUAAUCUUUUACUUAGUUCUGUAUCAAAAAUUUUAAAGGAGAAUAGUAGAUGUGAUACAACGACUAUUAUUAAACAAAAUAGAAAAUUAAUAAAAUACUUAAUGGAUAGAAAAUCCGUAAAUGCAUUUCAAAUUCAAAUAUUGGAUACAGAUACAUCAACUGAUUCAAGUUAUUCUUCAAGUAAUUUCGAGUUUAAUGAACUUAAAAUAAUGCAAAUUAAGCAGAGUGACGUCUUUGUUCUAUGUUAUAACGCUUCAGAUAUAGAUUCAUUAUAUGAGUUAAAGCGUUGCUACAUCAAUAUCGUGGCAUGCUUUGACAAUCUCAAAGAUAUGAUACCACCGAUAUAUUUUGUUGGCUUACAAGAUGAAAAUUCUUAUCCAUUGGCGACUUUAAAUAACGAUCCAGUUACAUUUUUUAACGACCUUGGAAUUGAUAUCAAUACAUAUCCGUAUCUCGUUCAAAUUUCAGAACUAAAUGCGACUUCAGAUAGUUACAAAUCUUUGUUGGUAAAAAUUAUUUUAAGUGCCAUAAAGUUUAAAAUUGAAAGAGAAAAACUAAUAGAACCUAAUGAAGUAGAAUCAAAUCAAAAUGUCAAUAAUAAUAACAAUAACAACAGAAUUUCUGCAAAAAUCCAGAAUAAAGUACAAACAAAUUCCAUCUUAACGAAUACAUUUGACCAUAAUGUAGCUGAUACCGACAUUGCACCAAACUCAACUACAGCGAUUCAUUCCAAUGAAGUAUCAUCAAACAAAAGAACAGUAGUACGAAAAACUCGUUCAAUACAAAAAGAAAACCUGCAUAAAAAUCCUUGUUGUAUAAUAUGUUAA